AUGAAUGCCGCCAACAAUACUACUCCCGCCAUUGAUACUGCCGCAACUGCUACAAGCACAGGGGAUACAAUCCUUAGUCGUACUGUGGGUAAAUCCCCCCGUCCUAUCCACGACGACGGACAACAGCAGCAGCCAUUGCCGCCAUCUAUUGCCCCCACGGUAGACUCUGGGAACCAGCCAGUCGGUGCUUUUCGUGGCCGUGCUUCUCCAUACCCAUCUCCCAACCAAUUGACAACGGAUCACGCUCCUGUAUGUCACCCAUUGCCUCAACCAGAUUUGAACACAUCUACACCUUCGGACCGGUCGAGACAAGGGGGUGUAGCCCCUAGUUACCUGGGAGAAUCUGGCCUAUUAUACAUCUUCAGUCAGGACCAAGGGGAUAAUGAAGAUGGUGUACCUAGGUCGCCUCACGCCUCAGGAAGCUUCAACGCAACUGUUGAUGUACCGUCCCUAGGUCUGCAAGAAAGUUAUGGUGAAACCUACUACGAAUACUGCUACACAUGGUGUCCGAUCCUGGAAAAGGAUUGUCUAUACGGCGAUCCUGCGUUCCGCGAGUCCCCUCUGCUGCAGAAUUCCCUCGCACUGGUGGGGAGUCAGAUAAGACCGCCCGUUUUAAACCAUGAAUCGCCACACGUUUACUACGAACGCGCCAAGGCUCUUUUCCACAGCAGUCAGGAGAGGAACCCACUGGUUUGUAUCUCCGCACUCAUGCUAUUUUACUGGUGGGGCAAAGGAGCGCCAAAUGUAGUCAGUACAGAUACCGUGUGGUGGUGGACAGGUGUUACAAUCCGACUUGCUCAGCAAAUUGGCCUCCAUCAUGAAUUGAAGCCUGGACAGCAGUCGACAUUGAACAUGUCACCGGGCCUUCGACGUAGGAUAUGGUGGACUCUGUUCGCUAGGGAACGUCUGACAGGUAUCUGCCAAGGACGACCCUGCAUCAUUGAUCCAGAGGACUGCGAUAUUGGAGAACCCACGGUGCAUGACUUCCCCAAUCCCCAUGACCCCAACAGUACCCUCUUUGUGUACUGGGUGCGCCUGUGCAGAAUCCUUGGUCGGGUCACCAAAUAUCUCCCCCAGAGGACCGAAUCAUCCUCAUUCCCAGUGCAGUUGGCUACCGAGCUAGUUCAAUGGGUCAAUUCACUACCACCGCAUUUGCAACUGCCAAUCUCCACCGAGCGCACACUUCAUUUUAACCGCGAUGUUCAUCAACUUCACCUCCCUUACCUCACCACAGUAACUCUCCUAUACCUGAGAACAGCAUCUCAGUCGCUCCCAGAGGCUUACACCGCGGCAGUUGUGGCGUCCGGCUGCGUCGCGCGGAUCUUUGAGGACUAUUUGGCACGGGGUUCCAUUCGAUUCCUGCAGGGUGUGGCAGGGUGGAGUGCUGCUGUCGCUAUCCUUGCCUUGUUGCAUGCACGGAAAGUCCCAAAUCUGACCAAAAGUGCGGAUGCCCAUAUUCGCGUUCUUCGUCUUGCCUUGAAGGAAAUGACACUACUUUGGCAUUCAGCCAAGAUGUUCGAUAGAGGAUUCGAACGCAUGCUAGGGAACCAUGGGCACGGCCAGAACAAGGAUGUUGAUUCAGUGGCACUGUCGGCGAUGGAUACUCAGCAGCCCGUAACAAUACUCACUGACCUUCCAAAUGAUGCUGGAGUUGAUUGGAUGGGGUUUUUCCCCUAUGCGACCCAGGACACAAGUCCAUUGGUUGCAAUUCUUUUGAUGUCUGACCAGCCAGUGCCCCUUUCAGACCUCGAGUGGCCAGUCGAUCUCACAGCACAGCUUCAAGAGCUUUUUGAUCCAAACUACGGCAUGGAUAGUUUUGCAUUCCCUCUUUGA